AACAAAUCUAGUACUCAUUCAACAAUCGAGCUGCAUACUAUGGCAAAGGUUCGCCGAAUCCGCAUUCCGUACGAUUCGCAUCCAUUGUACAGUUUGCGGCGCAGCAUCCUCAUCGCAGGCACUGUUGGUGUACUCCUCAACACCGCCAUUUUACUCGCACUUUCCAGUAGUUAUGGAGGCAUGUAUCGAUUGCCAAACUUCGUCUUAUCCACAGCUCUUCUUUGCGGAUCCAUUGCCUUCGUCUCAUACGAUUUGGUCACCUAUGGAACACGAACGGCAGUAAUUUUAGCAUCCCAAGCAAAAGACGACGAUACAUUGUUGCCCCAAGUUGCUCAUGCACAGCCAACAUGGCCCUCGAAGGUAUUGUUGGUCGGGGAUUUCAUCUUCGCUGUUGCCCUACAGUGGCUGUUCUGGGGGUUGUUCUUCGUCGUUGCAAGCAGUGGCUAUUAUGACCGAUACGGUGGGUCAGAAACGUUGGAAGCAUAUGCCAACCUAACAAACUUCGCGGCUAGUGUGCUUCACGGAGUCGCAUUCUGGAAAGAAUUAUUAGCGAGGAAGAAGUCACAAUGGCAACGCGACCUCGACACAAGACCCUGCGGGCACUGCGGUCAUGUCACUAGCAUACAGGAUGAAGCUUCCCACAGCGAAGCAGUCAUUACAGCCCUCAACGAGCAGGCAGGGCCUUCGAGUGAACCAGGACCCUCAACUCAUCCCACCCAUACCAACUUCGGUAGGAUAAGAAAACUGGUCCUUCCAAAGUGGGCCCGACCAGCGAGUGUUCGUCGCCACGACAGCACUGAUGAUAGGGACGUUGAGAAAGAAGCUGCUGGUGAUGGUGCGGGUGAGCCUUUACUUGUAACCCCUGAUGAAAGCACAGAAUUUGCUGGGCAACCGUCAGGGACAUACGGAUCCAUGUCGCAGAGUGUCGAGAGCCUAAGUAGCGUACCGGAAACAAUUGUGAAAAAGAAGGACAAGGGCAAGAAGAGAAUGGUGGAUGUGGAUGAAUGCUAGCAUGCAUCAUUCCCUGGAGAUUGUCGUAUUAGUGCAAGCCGCAGAUCCGUAAACUGGAGUACGUAUGUGCCAGAUGCUUACAUAUGAGAGAAUGCAUUGGCACACGCAUAAGAACAAAUUUACGAAAUGUUGUCAAAGGCAAUCCC